AUGCCAGCGCCCUCGAAUCAGCGCGGAGACAUUGACCCGCCCCCCGAAGUCAUGCAAGAAGCUCUCAAGGGUUUCUUCACUGGUGCCGCUCGUUACGGUUCGAUCUCUAUCCUCGCGCACCUAAUCCUCCUCCUUCCACACCCACUCCGUUUUGCCUCCUCUAAUCCGCCUUCCAACACCUCCUCAUCCCCAAGCUCUUCAAUGUCUAGUUCCCAUGGACACCCCGAACCCAAGCGCAGACCUACCCCACACACUCCCCUCCUCUACCGCCCCUUAACCUCCCUCUCCGCCAACCUCGCCCCAAUCUCGCGCAUUUACCGCGGCCUGACUCCACAGUUCAAGGUGUUUCUGCAGCUGAGCUCAAUGACGCUGGGCGGUUGUAUCUGGGCGGAGAAGAGGGUGAAUGAGUAUUUGGAUGUUAUGAGGAAGGUGAAACGGGCGGAGAGGCUGGAGGCGGAAGGUGGGAGGUAA